GGCAAGAUUGAACUCUGGAGGCAUGGCAGCAGUUCAAAGCUCUGUCUUUGAGGACCCAAAUCUGGGGUCAGGCCCGGACGAGGAUGAAAUCUCAUUGUUGGAAGAAGAGUCAGACUCUGGAAGCUUGCUGUCUGAUGAUUCUGUUCUCCCUGAUUAUGAACCAGAGGAAAAGAAAAAGGGAACUGCUAGCACACUAUAUGAGGCUUGUGUUCAAAAUGACCCAGAGGCUCUGAAGAGAGUGUUGGAACAAGGUGUGACCUGCGAUGAGGUCAUGGAGGUUGACAUUAAUGGCAGGAAUGGACUGAUGGUGGCUGCAUAUAAAGGCUUUCUUACAAUUGUUUACGAGUUGCAUGGCUGUCCACAUUUGGAUAUUAAUCACCAAGACAAUGACGGCAACACCGCUCUGAUGAUCGCAGCUCAAGCUGGUCAUGUCUCCAUAUGUAAUUACAUCAUGAAUUACUUCCCUGGAGCAAAGACAGAGAUCAGAGACAACAGAGGAUUCACUGCGCUUAUUAAAGCUGCGAUACAGGGCAGGAAUGAUGUGGUGGCAGCUCUUAUAAUGCACGGUGCUGAUGUAAAUGCUGUAGACUCCAACCGUGGUAAAUGUGCACGUGACUGGGCACUGAAAACAGGUCGCUUUGACACACUGAAUCGUCUGCGCCACCUUGCCCUUCAUCCCACAGCUGAACAGUUCUGCGACACUUACGUCCCAGAGUGGCCCAACCUUAAGGUGCUGGUCAGAAAAGCAACAGCCAAUAAAAGUGCCAGCCAGAAGGUGACUCAUCAUCUCAAGAGUACUUUUGGUUUCAGUUUUCCACGUGAUCCUCAGGACAAUGGUGUCAUGGAUCACAUGGUACGAAUGACCACCAGCCUACGCAGCCCGUUCAUAGCCACGGCCACGCGACCGUUGUGUCCGAGUAGCCCUCCGCAGAUGGGAAAGUGUCGGCUUACUGUGGCAGAGCUCAUGCAGAAGCACUCACACAAGCAGCUGGAAGAGAGUUCACUGUGCCAUCGAAACAGCUCCAUCUCCUCCAUUUCUCCUUCUGUCCACUCGGCUGAGUCUGUCUCUUUGUCCUGCUGUGCCGAUACAGAGAGACGAGGCAGUGUGCUGUCCAUUGCCCAGUCUGGAAUGCGUACGUUCAUUCCUCGUAGCGUGGCUUCAAGGUGCAACAGCGUCUUCCCCUCCGGCUGUAUCCCGCAGAUUAAAGUUACCAAAUCCUCUGAGCCAACGCCAAAAAAGGAGAAGAAGAAUAAAAAGCAGAAAGGUUACCUGGAACCUCCGAAGUGGAAGUAUAAGGAGGCUAAAGAUGAAAAGAAGAAAGAGAAGAAAGCAGUGAAGGAGAAGGAGAAAAAAAGCAAAGAUAAAGGAAAAAAGAAAAGGUGUGAUGAUUAAGGUGGGAUUUCUGAACCCUGAGUGAGGCUGCCUGCCGUGUAAAUGUGUGUGGGGAGAUGCAUGAUGAAAGAAUUGGUGAAGCAACAGUGAAGAACA